AUGUGGGGUGUUAUAGCUGCAGUGACAAGAAACCUUCACAGCACAAGAAAGAACUCAAAGGUGGCAGAUGAGAACAUGUUUGAACCAGGAAACGCGGUUGAGUUACAGAUUUUUGGACAUGACAGGGGAAGAAGACAACAUGGUUGGAGGCUUGUAUAUAGCAUUCUUCACGCUCCCAUAUCAAUACUCUCAUGUGUUUCUCAUCCUCAUGUUAAUGGGUCUGAUGGGGUUUGGGUAACUGGUGAAUUUUCACAAAUUUCUGAAAUGAAUCAUCUCAUGGUAAAUGACAGCAUGAGAUAUGCAAUUUUGAUGUAG